AUGAAUAUGAAAUCAACUAAUGGUGCUUCUACAGAUAAGGCUAUUCUUCGUCGGUAUUUGGAGUUACCACAACCUGAAAAUAAAGUUAUGGCUACUUAUAUAUGGAUUGAUGGCACUGGAGAAAAUCUUCGUGCGAAAACUCGAACAGUCCAACGAGAACCAAAAUCACCAAAAGAACUAUCAUGGUGGAACUUCGAUGGUUCAUCAACAGGUCAAGCUGAAGGUUCAAAUUCAGAUAUUUAUCUUAAACCAGUUGCUAUUUUUAAUGAUCCAUUUAUGCUUGGUCGAAAUAAACUUGUUAUGUGUGAAACAUAUAAAUAUAAUAAAGAACCAACUAGCUCAAAUAAACGAUUUGGAUGUGAAGAAGCUAUGAAAGCAGCAGCGAAUCAAUAUCCAUGGUUUGGGCUUGAACAAGAAUAUACACUUUUAGAUCGUGAUGGUUGGCCAUUUGGAUGGCCAAAAGGUGGAUUUCCUCAUCCACAAGGUCCAUAUUAUUGUGGUGUUGGUGCAUCACAAGCACUUGGUCGAGAUAUUGAAGAAGCUCAUUAUAAAGCAUGUUUAUAUGCUGGAAUUAAUAUAAGUGGAACAAAUGCUGAAGUUAUGCCAGCUCAAUGGGAAUAUCAAGUUGGUCCAUGUGAAGGAAUUGAUGCUGGUGAUCAACUUUGGAUAUCACGAUAUUUAUUAUUACGUAUAGCCGAAGAAUUUGGUGUUCAAGUUAGUUUUGAUCCAAAACCAAUUCCAGGCGAUUGGAAUGGUGCUGGAUGUCAUACUAAUUUUUCUACACAAGCUAUGCGUGAACCUAAUGGCAUUGAAGCUAUUAAAGAAGCAAUUAAGUUACUUGAAGUACGUCAUAAAACACAUAUUAAACGAUAUGGUAGAGACAAUGAACGACGAUUAACUGGUCGACAUGAAACAGCUGAUAUUAAUCAAUUCAGUGCUGGUAUUGCUAAUCGAGCUGCAUCAGUACGAAUUCCAAGACCAGUUUGUGAAGAAAAAUGUGGUUAUUUAGAAGAUCGUCGACCAGCUUCGAAUUGUGAUCCAUAUGCUGUGACAGAUAUUAUUGUUCGUACUGUAUGUUUGGGCGAAAAAGAUCCUGAAGCAAUAAAUUGA